CUGUCCCUAUAUGCCCUCAAAGUCUACUCGUUGGAGUAUCUGACAAUUUUACAAUCCUCGAUAAGAUGCUCUAAACCAGCAAACACACAAAAUAAAAGCACAGCAAUUUUUCAUACGCAAAAAAAAAAAAAAAUAAAAACACCUUAUUUUUAUAUGCCCUUUAAUUUCUUCCGUUUCUUCUUCUUCUUCUUAGAUCAUGGCUUCUGACCCGAAUUCAUCAACACCCAAUACCACUUUCGUUCAAGCCGACCCGUCCAAUUUCCGAGCCGUUGUUCAACGACUGACUGGCGCAGCUCAAGAUUCGUCUUCAUUGAAGCUCCCUGUUACUGGGCCUGGACCAGCUGGGCCUCGACGACCGGCUUUCAAGCUGCACGAGCGGAGGCAGAGUGCGAGAAAGCUCGAGAUCAUGCUUAACAAUGGAGGUAGCUUCGGUGUCGGCUCACUUUCUCCUUCUUCUUCUUCUCCUUCUUCAUCAGCUAGGAAGAGAAGUUUUUUGACUUCGCCAAUUUCACCAUUGGAAAUGUUGACACGUGGCAGUCCGAGAUCGCCGAUGGAGGAAGAAGAAAAAGCCAUUGCUGCCAAAGGAUUUUAUUUGCAUCCAAGUCCACGAACUACUCCUAGAGGCUCUGAACCUCCCGAACUAUUACCUUUAUUUCCACUUCAGUCCCCUACUGCCACAAAUAAAUCAUCAUCAUCUACUUAAUUAAUUAAUGCUUUGUUAUAAAUGAUCUUAUUCUAAUGUAGAACGAUUUGCUACUUCAUAUUCUGUCUCAACGUUUCGAAAUCGUGAUUUUGAAAAGGUUAUCUAGUGUUUGUGUUUCUUCAAAGUAUUUCAUAAAAUUAGUUGAUAUAUGCGUAAACUGCAGUCAUUUGAAUGAAGUUUC